UUUUUAGAUAUAAUUUGCAAAAAACUGGGUUUUUUUUGGGCGAAAAAUGCCUACAUUUGAAGUGAGUUUGGACCCAGAUGAGCUGUCUAUUUCUACGGAUGUCCGUGAACGGGACCGUAUUCGUCUUGAACAGGAGCUUGAGAAGGAAUUGAAUGGAUUUUCAUUUACUAGAAGCAGUUCUCGUGAGCCUAGUUCAGAUACGGUACGUCCAAACCAGAUAGAAGCGAAUCAGACGUUUUUUGCGGAUUCAUUGGAUACGAAGAGCCUUAAUAAGCAUUUCCAGGACUUUAGUAUGGGUGCUAGUGGGUCACUGGAUAGUAAUAGUAUUGAAAGAGGAGUAGGACUUCAAUUGGGGACGUCAAAUCUGAAAAACGAGUUUUCUAAGACAUAUACGGGGUCUACUAAGUCAUUUGAUCGACCUGUUGCUUUGGAUAAUUUUAUGGCGGCGAUGAAAAGUCCUCUUGAAUCUACGACCUCGGAUUACGCAGAUGUUGCAGCUAAAAUAAAACAUAUGUAUUCACCUUUUAACAAAGUUACGGAAGAUAUGGAUUUUACGUUUUCGUAUGAUAAGAAUUAUUCUAAACAGGAGAAGCCAUCACCGGAAAUGAUGAGCAAAACCAAGCUUACAUAUGCGUUAAAAAAGACAGAAUUAUCGAAUAUACCGAUUGUUGAGAGAGAUAGGAAUAUAAUGACUCCUCCGGCUUUUACGAAAACGAAAUCUCCUGUUUUUCAGCGUUUUCGUCGUGCAUCUAUUGUAAAUAAUGAGAACAUUUAUUCUGAACCAAGACUGAAUAAAUCUUUCCGAAAAGGAGAGAAUAAUGGGGAAAAGAAGUUGUCUAAUCUUAAUCAUAAUAUGAAGCCAAUUCCUCGCUCGUUUAAAACAGCGUCUGGUUUAAUGCGAGAACUUGGAUUGGAUGAUCAUCAAGAAAAUAUGAGAACAGACGUUCCAUUAAACACAGAAAUGACUCAAUCAUUUCGACUUCCAGAUAUUACUGGAAUAUCUUCAUUAGUCUGCGAUGAUGUGUAUCCUAUUGUAAACAAAAUUGAAGUGAUUACUAAAGAUAACUAUAAGGAUUUAGAAUCAAUACCUAUAUCAUCUAAUGAUAAGGCUAUUUUAUUAGCUAUAAGGGAAUUGCAAAGCAAUAUAAAUGAACUUGAAGCGAGGGAGUCUGCUUCAAAAAAACGUAUUCAAAAUUUGGAAAAAGAACUUGAAAAUGCUAAACAAUUAUAUCAUGUCGAACAAAAACGAACUACAUUUGUUGAGCAAAACCAAGAAGUUAAUAAUGAUAAGAAUGCAAUUACACACCAAAGUUCUGAAACACAUGAUCGUGAGAAACUUUCUUAUACAAUGGAACGUAUGAGGUUGAAAAAUGAUAUUUCUUCCUUAAAAGCUCAGGUGGAAAGUCUUGAGCGUGAACUUAGUAUUAGCAAAUCCAAGAUAGAUGAUAUUAGAGAAAAAAAGAAUGAAGUUUCGAAGAAGUUAGCAGAAGCAUUGUCUAAAAUUGAUCAUUUAAAAUUAGAAAAUAAAAAAUUAAUUGGGGAAAUUGAAGAUUUAAGAAAAACACACAAGAUAAAAACGGCUUCUGAAAAUGUUAAAAAGAAGAAGGCCUCUGAAUUUUGUUUAAAGUCGCCAUUAGAAGAGAAGAAUGGUUCAACAAAAGUUUUACUACAAUCAGAUAGUAACGAAACAGAUGACGAAAUAUCAAAAGAACACGAAUCAUGUUCUACAGAGACUGAUGAGGAAGAAAUUGACGAAUUACCCAAAUCUUUACAUAAAACAAAAAAAAGCCAGUCUUCAAAAGCACUUCGAACCACUAAAAAUAAUCAUUCCAUUCCUAUUGUUUCUUCCAAGAGUUCUAAAAAAAAGAAUAAGCAGGAAUCUAAAAAGUCUUCUAAGAAAUUAAAAUCAAAUUCUCAAAAUCCAUCAAAAAAACGUCAAAUUCAUCCUGAUAUAAUCGAAGAAACAGACAGUACUGAUGAUACUUCUGAAUAUGAUUAUAGCAGGGAAUAUUCAUCUAAUGAUGAUGAUUUAUUAAACCAAGAACCUCCAUGGAUACAUGUUGAAAAUAAGUUGAAGACAAAAUUAAGUAAAUCAAGACAAAUAUAUGAAGACGAAUUUAAAGGAAACGCCCGUUCAAAAGCCUAUGUAGAUGUAAAUGCUCAAAAAAUUAUUGAAGAACUUGAUUGUCACAAUCCUGUAAGUUGUUCUGUUUGUACUCGCAGAAGGCAGAAAGGAAUUCUAUCUGAAAAAAAUAAAGAUCUAUUAUCUUAUUCUGCAAAAUCAAAGCAGUUGGAUAAUAUAUUUGAGGAAGAAAAUACGAUUAGACCUUCAAUGUCCCCAAGAAAUGCUCUUUCAAUGGUUAUAAUACAAUUAGAAGAUGAGUUUAAACAUUUGAAAUUAAAAUAUCAGGAAUUUAUUCAGUCUUAUGAAAAGGUAGAUCCUUCUGUAGGAAAGAGAAAACGAAAAGUUCUUGCUGGAAAGCUUAAGAAUAUUAUUGAAGAAUUAGAAGCAAAAGCUGAUCAAAUUUAUGCACUGUACGAUGUAGUUGAAUUGGCUAAAGAAGGUGAUGAUAUCUUAAAAAAGGUAUUGAGAAGCAGUAGGACGAGUGUCUAGUUUAUAUUACAUAUUUUUAUCUUAUUCUAUGUUUAUCUUUUUUAAAACGGUAUCAAUAA